UUCUUCUUUUUUUGUUUAUCAUUCCUUCCGAUAUGGCCUAUGCUAAUUUUGUAACUGUGCCCAUUUCAAAGGAAGAGGACAAUGAAACAUUUACGGUCAAUGCCAGAUAUCGCAUUAUUCGUAAAGUAGGCGCAGGUUCUUACGGUACAGUCUGUUCCGCCUUUGAUGUACAGCAUCAACAAUAUUGUGCCAUCAAAAAAGUCUAUCGCGUCUUUGACAAAAGAUUACUUACCAAACGAUGUCUCAGAGAAAUUAAAUUACUGCGUCUCUUUAAUAAUCAUCCACGCAUCAUUCAAUUAUUCGACAUGGAUAUGAUUCAUGGUGCCACAGAAAUCUAUUUAAUCUUUGGUUGUAUGGACGCAAGUUUACACGACGUCAUUCAUUCAAAACAACCUCUCGAUACAGUACACUGCCAAUGGUUUCUCUUUCAGUUACUUUCAGGUCUAAAGUACAUUCACGAAGCUAAUGUCAUUCACCGCGACUUAAAACCUGCAAAUAUUCUAGUCAAUAAAGAUUGCGAUCUUCGUAUUUGUGAUUUUGGUAUGGCCAGAGUGUUUGAUCAAACAGACAGUGCUUGCUAUCUUACAGAAUAUGUCACUACCAGGUGGUAUCGUGCACCCGAGGUCAUGAUUAGCAGUCAAAAUUACAGCACUGCAAUUGACGUCUGGUCUGUGGGGUGCAUUUUCGCCGAAAUUCUGGAAAGAAGGGUUCUUUUUCAGGGUAAAGAUCAUAUAGAUCAAUUACAUAAAAUAUUGGGAGUCCUGGGUUUACCCAAAGAUAUUUCAUUUUGGGAUCCAUCCGAAUCUGUUCUUGCCCAUAUUCAAAACCUAUGUACCACAGAUGGAUUACCUCCUCCCACUGAUCCUGUGGAUUUCAAUGCUCUUUUUCCUUCCUGUCCAACCGAAGGUAUUCUCCUCUUAAAAUCUCUACUUGAAUUAGAUCCCAUGAAAAGACCUCAUGUAGCUGAAGCAUUGAAAAGUCCAUUCAUUCAAUCCUUCUCAGAUCCUCUUGAGGAAUCUCUCGUACCUCCUUCACGUUUACCCAACCAAUACGACUUUGAAAGAAUCAAUAAUGACACUGAUUUAAAAAAUGCAGUGAUAGAUGAGAUUGAAUCUUUUAAACACCACCAAUCGAUCACAACAGAACCCUCCUACUCCUACUCCUCAGCCACCACAACAACAACAACGCCAAGACGGUAUAAUACAACAGCCGCAGAUACCCAAUCUUAUUGUACAACACCUACUCAAAAACUAAAUCAAUUACCGUCUGCUACCAUGAGUCUAUUAGAAGAACAUCGAAAACCAUCCCAUCAUCAUUUCAAUCGGACGCCACUGUACACACAGGAUGCUUUGGUCGGUGAACCAGAAGAAUUGGGUGAGGAUGAAAAUUAUAGGUAUCUCUGUGAUCUCAUGAAUUCAACACCUGGUGUGCCAAUGGAUUCAAAUCGUACUUUUUGUGAACCUACACACGGAUAUAUACGAAAUACCUUGGAACGCGCUUUAACUGGAACUUGGUAAAUUUUUUUAAAAAAAAAAAAAAAAAAAAAAAAAAUGGCAUGUAUCGAAUUUCUCCUUUUUAUCCAUCUGUAUCAUAUCAUCAUUUAGACAAAAACAAAUCCCCCCCCCCUUUAAUAAAUCAUGUCAUACUCUUUUUAAAAAAAAAA